AUGAGCGAGGAAUCCCUCUCCAAUGCUAUUAUCGCCUCUUCCCUGGCAUCAACACGAGCAUCCCCAUCUAUCAAGGCUCCCCCACCGCUUCCUCCCCAGCGACGAGGGGCACGAUCCAUUCUACAUUUGCCACACCAAUCCAAGAGUGAUCUAUCAAGGACACCAAGUCCACCGAAGAGCAUGCCGAUGACACUCCGCGGCAUGCCGAAACCCACCGAUGCCGACCACCGAAAACACAGAAACCCCCUGCACAAACACCCCCACAAACACAACGAGGGCGACCGUAAGCGCUGGCGACGCGAGGUCACCGAGAAGGAACGCAAACGUUACGAAGGUGUGUGGGCUUCUAAUAAAGGGCUUCUCAUCCCUCCUGAACCCAAUGGAACCGGGCCAUGGCCACCUAAUGCUUCGGAUAUGGUUCUCAAUCUGGUGGUCCGGGAAAUCUGGUCCCGCAGUCGCCUGCCCGAGGCGAUUUUGGGGCAAGUGUGGGAUUUAGUCGAUCACCAACAUAUCGGACUUUUGGUGCGUGAGGAAUUCGUGGUCGGAAUGUGGUUGAUCGACCAGUUUUUGAAGGGACACAAGCUCCCUGUGAAAGUUCGGGACAGUGUCUGGGAGAGUGUACGGCAUAUUGCGGGUAUUAAGAUCCCCCUUGGAAAAGGUAAGGCUCAUGCUUAA